UUUGAGAGGCGUCACCAUGUGGAGUCCUACAGCCAAGUGAUGGACAGGUAUGAAGGUGUCCUCAACAGACGGUCCAUGAGGUGGUCCAAACUCCUUCAAGAGAAACCGCAUGUCAAGAAGGACUGGACAGUAAAGAGAUUUGUGCGUAAAGGCGUACCCAGCGAGCUCCGUGCCAAAGUGUGGAUGUCAACCAGUGGCGCCCAGGAGCGACUGGACAGCAAGCCUGGCUACUACCGCUCUCUUCUGGACAUGCAGCAUGACCCCAGGCUGACAGAGACCAUCCACUUAGACGUCCACAGGACCUUCCCUGACAAUGUCUUCUUCCAAAGUCAAGCAGAGCCUGGCCUGCUGAAGGCACUGCAUAAUGUGCUGCUGGCAUAUGGACACCAUAAUACGGAUGUGGGGUAUUGUCAGGGGAUGAACUUUAUUGCAGGCUACAUCAUUAUAAUCACCAAGGAGGAGGAAAAAGCCUUCUGGCUGAUGGAUGCAUUGCUGGGAAAAAUACUUCCAGACUACUACAGUCCGGCCAUGGUGGGCCUGAGGACGGACCAGGAGGUUCUUAAGGAGCUGGUGAAGACCAAAGCUCCAGCUGUGGGCCAGCUCAUGGACCAGUAUCCUGGCAUAUGGAGUGUGGUGGUGUCACGUUGGUUUAUCUGUCUUUACGUCGACAUUCUGCCCAUCGAGACCGUCCUACGGAUCUGGGACUGUCUCUUCUACGAAGGUUCCAAAGUACUUUUCCGGGUGGCACUGACUCUGAUCCGACACAACCAGCCGGAAAUCCUGCGAGCUCGCUCUUUGCAGGAUGUGUGCCAGUGUUUCAAACAGAUCACCUGUGGAGUUUUCACGCUGGACUGCCAUACUUUCAUGCAGAAAAUCUUUGCUGAGCCCGGGAGUCUGUCUAUGGCAACUAUUGAUAAACUGAGAGACAAAUGUCGGCAAGGGAUACAGGAAGACGAAUCAAGACGGCUCUAA